GUCGGACUCGAAAGCCAUCAACUGGAUGGUUGAAGAGGGCCCGGCAAAUGCCGCAGGCCGGACCGCCUCCGCGUCUGCGCUUGGCCUGCGCCAUCACGGUCGUCGUCGUCGCCUUCGUUCCAGUCGUACAUAGUCAUGGCCGCAGGACUCAAGACUGUUAUCCUGCUUUCCUUCGUGCUCGCGGUCGGCUUCCUACUCAUCAUCCUCUCCUGUGCGCUGUGGGCGAAUUGGCUCCCCCUUCUCGUCGCAUUGACCUUCGUCCUUGCCCCUCUCCCGAACGCGCUCUUCUCGCACUGCGGACAGGAUGAAUUCGGCGGCUCGUAUGAGGGCGGCGGGGGCCCCGUAGACCUCGGACGCUUCAUCACCUCCAUAUUCGUUGUCACCGGCUUCGCGCUCCCUAUCGUCCUCACCCACUCAGAGGUCAUCUACCCAGCAGCCUGUGUCAUGUCGAUCAUCGGCGGAGGACUUGUAUACGGAACGAUCCUCGCGUACUCAGCAGCAUUUAAGCAGGAGGAUUCGGAGUUCGACUAACGUGAUUGACGAGGCUCAUACCUCGCUAUAUCGCCUUCCCCUGCACGCCGCGACAAAGUUAGUGGUACG